CUCUCUCUCUCUCUUCUUCCUUCUAAGUUUUACCCAAACCCAAUUGUUGUUUGAUUUACACACACAACUCUCUCUCUCUCUCUCUCUUUUUCUUCUUCCUUCUAAGUUUUACCCAAACCCAAUUGCUGUUUGAUUUACACACACAACUGUUCAUCUUUAUAUAGUACACAUACUCUGUAGAUAUAUAUAUAUCUGCAUAACGAAACUUCUUCUUCCUUGUCAUCAAGUUUUUGGGAAUUUUGUUGCUAUUCACCCAAACAGAGGAAUCCCAAAUCCUACCUUCAUCCCAAGAGUCUGAAUCCAUCAAAUACCCGUGUUUUAGACCACUUGACCUUUUCCAGCAAAGGAUCACAAGUUCAUUGGAGCUUUGGUUGGUUCUGAGACAGAGGCAUUAAGGAUGUUGGGAGAAUUCAUUACCAGAGGACUUGUGUUGGUUCUUGGGUAUGCAUACCCUGCCUUUGAGUGUUUCAAAACCAUGGAGAAGAACAAAAUUGAGAAGGCAGAGCUUCAAUUUUGGUGUCAAUAUUGGGUUAUCCUGGCCGUGUUGACAAUCCUUGAGCGAAUUGGGGAUAUAUUCAUCUCAUGGGUGCCAAUGUAUGGUGAGACGAAGCUUGCAAUAAUCAUCUACUUGUGGUUUCCGAAGACUAAGGGAACUGGGUAUGUGUAUGAGAAGUUGUUGAGGCCUUGUGUAGCAAAAGCAAUGCAAGAGCCAGGACUCGACCGGAGUUUCCAGGAACUGAGGGCCAGGUCAUGGGAGGUGGCCAUUUACUACUGGCAAAAUUGCACAGAACUGAGCCAAACUAAGUUCUUCCAAAUUUUUGACUACUUGACUGGUCAAUCUCGAAAGCUCACAAAUACCAACAAUAAGAAGACUGAAAACCACUACCCCAAUUCGGCAGCUGACAGGGGCAAGCAACCAUCAGACCAAAGGCAGCUUCAAUUAACUCCGGCAGUAUCCCUGGGAAUAACAAAUGCCGCUGCACAAUCACCCAAAUCAGUUUUAGUUCAAGCUCACCUCCACAGCCAAACAGAGUUCAUACACACCCAUGAAGAACUUGAACCGGUCUCCACCAGUGGAUCCAGCUCUGGUUCAACCCAUGAGUCAGACAACGGUCUGGACUAUAGUCCAGAUGCCGUCCAUCUCAGACUCAGGCGCUCUAAAGCAAUCCAUUGAGAACUAUAGUUUUUUUUCCUGUUCUUUUGUACACCAAAAAAUUGAAUUUAUUUUUUUAUUUUUUGUCUAUAUAAUUUCUUCUCUUUAUAAUUAUGAUCAUACAGAUUCAACGGUGUGGUCACUAGUACUACUAUCAUUGAAAAUAUGUUUCACCCAUGUUAUUUACAGGGUAAAUUAUAAUAACUUUCCUUAACA